AUGGAUCUUGACCUUGAUGGCGUGCAUGCUCUGGUGACUGGUGCGAACGGAGGGAUCGGUUUAGAGACCGUCAAAGUAUUCCUUGAACAAGGCCCAAGAGUGACCGCACAGUACCGCUCUUCUGCUGCAUCCUUGCAACCUUUGAUCGCCGAAUACCCGUCCACAUUGUCCCUCGCGCAGGCAGAUUUGGCAUCUGAGCCCACUGUCCAAUCUCUCUUCGCCGCACUCUCCACUCCCGUCGAAGUUUCGGUCGUGAACCAUGCCGUGUAUACUGGCCAGGCACCACUGAAGGACAUGACGCUCGCGCAUUGGUCGAACACGCUCGACAACAACCUUACAAACUCUUUCUUAGGAUUGAGAGAGUAUUUGAAGGGACUUGAAGCUGGGGUUGCCGUAGGCGAAGGGCGCUUUGGUGAGCGCGCUGCGGUGGUUGGCGUAGGGAGCACAGCAGGAAAGUAUAGAGAAGCGGGAAGCGCAGACUACGCGGCGACCAAGAGUGCCUUGAUGUACGGCUUCACGCUCUCCCUCAAGAAUGGGAUCGUGAAGAUCGCGUCAACUGUGUGGCGCCAGGCUGAGUGA